AUGGCGAAACUGUUGAAGAAACCGCUCAAGCUCGCGCUAAUCCAACUCUCGACCGGCUCCGACAAGUCUGCCAACCUCGCCCGCGCCCGCUCCAAAGUGCUCGAAGCGACCUCCGCCGGCGCAAACCUCGUCGUCCUCCCGGAAUGCUUCAACUCCCCGUACGGCGUGAAGUACUUCGCCAAAUACGCCGAACAACUCCUUCCCUCCCCGCCCACCAAAGACCAAUCCCCCUCCUUCCACGCCUUAUCCGACUUGGCCAAGGAAGCCAAGACCUAUCUCGUUGGAGGCAGUAUCCCGGAAUACUGGCCGGAGACGAAGAAACACUACAACACCUCUCUCACCUUCGAUCCGGAGGGUAAGCUGAUAGCGACGCAUCGGAAAGUGCACCUCUUCGACAUCGACAUCCCCGGCAAAAUCACCUUCCAUGAAUCCGAAGUACUAUCGCCAGGCAACAAAGUCACCAUUGUAGACUUACCGGAGUACGGCAAAGUCGCAAUAGCAAUCUGCUACGACGUCCGCUUCCCCGAACUCGCCAUGAUCGCCGCCCGCAAAGGCGCAUUCCUCCUCCUCUACCCGGGCGCUUUCAACCUCACCACCGGCGCUCUGCACUGGGAGUUGCAAGCCCGCGCUCGCGCGAUGGACAAUCAGGUUUACGUCGGGUUAUGUAGUCCCGCACGGGAUAUGGAGGCCGAGUAUAAUGCGUGGGGGCAUAGUAUGGUUGUUGACCCCAAUGCGGGGAUUGUGGAGCAGUUGGAUGAGAAGGAGGGGAUUGCUUAUGCGGAGUUGCGGAAUGAGAAGAUUGAGGAGACGAGGAGGGGGAUUCCUAUAUACACGCAGCGGCGGUUUGACGUGUAUCCGGAUGUUAGUGAGGGAAAGGUGAAGUACGAGGAGUGA